AUGCCGCCGUCAAAUCUACCUUACAAAAAAUUACACCACAAAAUCGCCGUUAAAUGCAAAAACACAAAACACAACACCCGUCCCCUCCGCUUGCCCCGCCACCGCCGCCGCCAUAUUUGUUACACCCCACACCACUUUAGCCGUUGUGGCCCGCUGGAGGCCGAGAGCCGGAGCCUGGCUGUUGCCCUUCGGGGGCGUCCCCGGCUCAGCGGCAUGGCUGGCCCUCCGCGGACGGGAGGCUCCCCGAGGGCGGGCCUGGCUUUGCCUCUCCUUGUCCCCCGGCCCCAGCCUAGGGCCCGGCCCAGACGGGGCCCUCACACGUGGCUCCCGGCGGGCGGCCCCUGCACGGGAAGACUCCCUCCUCCUGCCCCCAGCCCGGGCUGGCCACAGAAGGGGCGCAAGUGGCCGCAGUCCCCCCCGCCGGGCCCGCUGCCCUCAGUGAAGCUUCCCUCCUUCUCCCCAGGAGCCCAGAACAUCCAGGUGCGGGUGCCGGCCGAGGUGCGGGGCCUCCUGGGGAGCGAUGAGAAGCUCCCCUGCCACCUUCUGUCGGAGAAGGCCGAGAUCCGGGUGUCCCAGAUAAUGUGGCUCCGUCUGGACAGGUACGGGAACAACCAGAGCGUGGCCGCCUUCCACCCCACCUACGGGGCCAACUUCCCCAACUCGGGGCCCUACGACCAGCACAUGUCCUUCCUCAUGGGCAACUCGCGCCAGUCGGAGGCCGAGCUGCGCGACGCCACGCUGCUGCUGAAGGGGCUGAGGGCCGAGGACGAAGCCAACUACACCUGCGAGUUCGUCACCUUCCCCUGGGGGAGCAGCAAGGGAGUCACGUGGCUCAGAGUGCUGGCCGAGCCCCAGAACCACGCGGAGGCCCAAGAGGUGACGCUAGUCUCGGAACCGAAGCCCAUGGCCCGCUGCGUCUCCACGGGGGGGCGCCCCCCCGCCCGCAUCUCCUGGUUCUCUCCCCUACCCGGACAAGGCACCGAGACGAGGACAGCUGGGCCCGUCCCCGGCACCUUCACAGUCACCAGCCGGUUCACCCUGGUGCCGACCCCCGAGGCCAACGGUGCGAAGGUCACCUGCAAGGUGGAGCACGAGACCUUCCCGGAGCCCAUCCUGAUCCCCCUCACCCUCUCCGUGAAAUAUCCCCCCCAGGUCUCCAUCUCCGGCUAUGACGACAACUGGUUUGUUGGUCGAGUGGAGGCCACCCUGACCUGUGACGCUCAGAGCAACCCCGAGCCCACCAGCUAUGAGUGGAGCACGACCACAGGCCCACUCCCCACCACGGCCGUGCCCCAGGGACCCCGGCUCGUCAUUCGGGCGGUUGAUGAGUCAGUCAACACCACCUUCAUCUGCAGCGUCGUCAACCCUGUGGGCAAUGGUCGUGCUGAGCAGAGCAUCCGAGUCAGAGAGUCCCCCGACACAGCGGGCGCCGGGGCCACUGGCGGCAUCAUCGGUGGCAUCAUCGCGGCAAUCAUCGCUCUGGCCGUGGCCGCCACCGCCAUCCUGAUCUGCAGACAGCAGCGCAAGGAGGAAGAGCUUCGUGGAAGACCCGAAGAGGAAGAGGAUGAACUUGAAGGCCCUCCUGCUUACAAGCCUCCACCUCCCAAGAUGAAGCUGGAAGAGGCAGAAAUGCCCUCUCAGCUCUUCACCCUAGGUAGCUCGGAGCACGUCCCUCUGAAGACCCCAUACUACGAGCCCAGCAUCUCAGCUCCUGAACAGGACAUGCCCCGAUACCACGAGCUACCCACCCUGGAGGAGCGGGCCGCGGCUCUGCCCCUGCACCUGGAGGAGCCAGGAGAGGCUGCGGGCGAGGAGAGGCUGCCUCUGGAGGAGAGCGAAGACUACCUGGACAAGAUCAACCCCAUCUAUGAUGCUCUGGCUUACACCACAGCCGAGGCCUACCAAGGCAAGGGCUUCGUCAUGUCUCGGGCGAUGUACGUGUGAGCGCGGCCAGGCCGCGGGGACCUGCCCCCACCUCCGGCUCAGACCCGCGCCGGCUGCAAGCCUCGGCGCUGGGAGCUCCCCGCGGCGCCCAGACUUGAGCCCUGGGCAGCGGCAGCUUUAGCCCUUCCUGCAGGCAGGAGCCGCCCCGAGCUGGGGGUGGGGAGAGGAGGAAAAGGGACCGGGAACUCUGGGGGCGUGGCCAGCGCGAGGGGAGCCGCGGGGCCCGGGAGGUGCGGCCGUCGGCCGGAGCUGGCCCCGCCCCCAGCGGGGGGUGGGGGAGGGAUGGCGGGGAGAAGCGAAUUUUGUACACAAGUGUUUCCUAAUAAACUCCACUUUUGUAUGUCUGCGGG